CGGCGGUCACGAGGAUCUCAUGCCUCUCUUUAACCCUUUUUCUAUUAAUACCGUCAUCAUUAUACUUUGUCACCUUUGCCGCCUAUUUUAACAUUAUUAUUAUGCCGGGACGCCAAAAGCGCAUGCGCUAUACGUUUGCCAAUGAGGCAUUCCGCCAGGCCCGCUCAGCCCAGCAACCCGUGUAUGCAUGGAGGAAAGUGUGGGCGUCACCUGCAAAGUCUGCAACCUCUGAGGACAAUGCCGUUGCAUCGCCAUACAAGGUGUUCAAGUGGGAGAAAACUGGCCAGACAGUCGUUCAUGAGGAUGACGAGGAGGAAAGUGUGCCUCAGCAGCAAGUGCAGGUGAUCGAAGAGCCGGAUAACGGAGAGGAAGACGGUGUUGUGAUGAAAGAGACGGCGGAUGUUCCGGCGGACGCGUUGGAGGCAGCUGUAGCUGCUGUCGAGGAUGUGGCCGCGGCAAUAUAUAGUUCAACAUCGGUAGACAAUAUCGACGCUAUCGCAGGUGUUUUGGAAAGUGAGACUGGAGAAGCAAUGCCUGAGGUGGGCUCCGUUCAGCCGGACGAGUCUGUAGAUGUUGAGAAGGGCGAUGCGCCCAUGCAGGUUGAUACUGAGGAUGUCGCUGAGGUCAUUACUGAGAUCAAUACUGGGGAUGUCGCUGAUGCCAUUACUGAGGUCAGUACUGAGGUCAUUGCUGAGACUAGUCCUGAGGUCACUUCCGGGAUUAAUCCUGAGGUCGCUCCUGAGAUUACGACUGAGCUUGAUGUUACCCAGGUUACGGAAGCACAUGUUGUUGAUACUCAGACAUCUGCAGUAGAUGCUCGGCUUGAUGCUGUCGCUGAGCUUUUGUUGCCGAGACGACCCCUAUUGACACACUUCUCACCACAGGAGAUCAGACCAAUUCAGAAGCGCCCACCAUUAUAGAAGCUGCUGCUGAAGCUGCGGUUGUUGCUGAUGUUACUGAUGGCCUUGUCCA